AUGGACGAUCCCGAAGCCAUGAAUGUGGGCAGUGAAGAAUUUCCACUCUCUGAACUAAUGCAAGACGCCGUGGCUCGUAUAUUGGGCGAUGAUACCGCGUCGUUUUAUCGUCGAUUUGAUGGUCGGUUUGAUUCUAGGCGCCUAGACGUGGGCGUUAACCCCGUUAUGAUGGGAAUGGUCGGUGACGUCGAAGAG